GCCACGAUUAGCUUGUCUUAAAAACUCAAACGUAUCACUAUACUCAACUAUUUGGAUAUUAUUAAUGAAGGUAAAUCGCUUAAAUUGAAAAUAUGGAUAUGCUGCGCUCCUAAAACAUUAUGGAAGAGGGCAAUGUAGCCUGUUGACAACGUGACAUGGGCUUCAUGACAUUUAAAUGUCUUCUAAUGACCCGAGAUGGGUUGCCAAAAAUUGUGAUCGAGUACUUUUACUUUAGAAUUUUAAAAAAAAACAUAAUUACUUGAGUAAGAGUAUGUAAGUAUUCCAUGGGAGAGAAAAAAAACUCAGUUACUGAGUAGCAGGUGAUUAACUGAUUUAUGUAUUUUUUAAAUUGCAAACAAAUGUCUGGAAAGGUAUAUAUUUAAGAAGGGCUCAAUGUCAAUGCUGUGAAAAGGUUCAUUAUAAAAACAAAGCUAGUUUUGAACUGGAUCUCAUUCAAUUGUAGUUUUAUAUUAAUUAUGCUGAAUUCAUGAAUAUACAAUAAACAAAUCACUAAACAUCGAGAAGCAGUGAGUCACAUCGAGAACACAUGACAGUCAAAAGAUGCUAAGAUCAAGUUAGUCAUGCACUGAAUAUACUGUAAUAUUGUAUAUCUACCAUAAAUGAUGACUUCAUACCUUACAAAUAAAGGAACAUUGAUCAUAUUUUCCAAGAUUGUGAUCACUUAUUAAGUUGACAAGAUUGAAGAAGGAGCAGAUCAUCAUGAUUCUUCUCAAGGUGAGUCAGACCUUUUUUCCCCAAAUAGAUCAACAGACAGACAGUCAGUAUUGAUGACAUCUCUCAAACAAUGUGUAUGUUCUUCAUCUACAGGAGAAGAAAUUCCUUUGUUUUCACUGUAAUUAUUUCCAUUGUUUCACAUGCGAAAGUUCAAGUCAUGACGCACGUUGUCUGCCAUUGCCAUAGUAACCAGGCUGCCUUGAAGUAAAACCUCUCCCCUCACAAACCAACCCGCCUGUGCGCAAAAACCACAAGCACUCUAUUUUACUUACUUUCCGUUUCUCACCAGGUUUGACACUUUGACUCUGUCUGUCUGUGAUGCAAAUGAGGGGCGUUCCGCAGCAGCUUUUGCGCACGGGUGGAAAAAUGUGUUUGUGUAAAUGUGACCCGUUCAUAGGUGCCAGUGUCACAUCGCACUCCUUUUGAUUUGAAGGUUUACAGGCUGUAUUGCACUAAACACAAGAGACUUGCUGCGAUGACAUCAGAUUCAAAACACUCACUGCUGAUAUCAGGGAAUGGAAAUGGAGGAAAGAGAUCCAGUACAGACAGGUGCUGCCAUUUUUCAUGGUUGAAGUCCCUGACAACCUGCUGGAGGUUUGGUUUCAAGAACACUGAACCUGCAUCACAAUCGCUUUGCCAUCGGAAACUCAUUGAACUGUCCUCAAAAUGGUUCUUCGAGACUCAAGUGUCGCACAUUGGUCAAGAUGGCAGCUUCCCCACUUGGUUCGUGGGUUUUCUCCCCAGAGAGGAUACGGAAGAAGUCCUCAAAGAAAAGGAAUUGGGUUGUUUCCUCAUUCGUCUCAGUGAUAAAGCCAUCGGAUAUGUGCUCUCUUAUAGAGGCCGCGGUCGCUGUCGACACUUUGUGAUACACCAAAGUGACACAGGACACUUUGUCGUCUGUGGAGCUGCCAAGGGACAUGACACAGUCUCUGAACUAAUCCAGCACUACAAAACUAGUCCCAUCGAGCCAUAUGGGGAGUAUCUCACAUCCUCAUGCUUCGAGGCACCUAAGGACAGGACAUAUGAUGUGAUCCAGCAUAUGUCGCCUGCCGAAGCCAAGAAGAAAGUGGAAAGAAACUCUGAACAGCUACCUUUACUCAUAAAGCGCAAAACAACACUUGAGGAGGUGCCACCGGUGCCAAGGAGCGGCAGGAACCAUGAAACACGUCUACCUAGUGACCCAAUCAGGAUGCUGUAUGCUCAGCUUAGAAAGAAACCGUCCAGGGACCUUCAUGCAAGCCAACAACACAUACGUAAGGACUGUUCACCCAGAGCUACCACAAGAAAAGUUGUAGGGUGCGCUACACCGGAUCAGACCUCCACAAAGUGGCAUCCUCUGUCUGCACCGGAGUACUCUCUGCUCAGCUUGGUGGCUCUCACUUCUGGACCAAGCUUUUCUCCAAGAACCACCAGGGAACCAAAACCAGACAAGAUAGUCCCAUGCAGAAGACCCCAAAACAGACAUAGCACCGACCACCUGAGUGAUGGGGCCAUCAAUUUCAUGGCUGGUAAGCCUGGUAGCCCUCACACUGCAUGUGUAGACACUACAUCACACGCAUCCCAUCAUCAUAGUAACCCAGUGUAUGCUGAGAUACACACUGAAGCAUUCAGAGACUGCGUUCCUCAUGAUGACAUCUACGAGAUCAUCCCUGGCAUCGAGCACAUGAGCAAACCUGAAAUCUAUUUCCACACUUAUGAGUCAGUGGAGGAUAUUAAUCGCGCGCUUUCGGGUUAAGGCUUUUAUACGGUAGAAUAUGAACUAGUGUAAAUGGUAACAUCCGCACUGUUCAAUUAUUAAUCAAAUGGUUAACACAAGAGGGAGAGGGGGGGCGGGGGGUGGGAUGGGGUUGGGUGGCUGGCUCGGGGGAUGGCACUGGGUCCCUGCAGCCCCCACUGGGUGACCGGUUGUCGGGCGCCUCGGUGGGGCCGGCGGACCGCCCUGGGUCCCUCGGUGUGGGACGUGUUUCUUUCUCCCUUCUAGAAACUUUGUUCUGUUCGACUGAUCAAGUCUGAUUCUCAACAAUAAUACCACAGCGGAAGCUUAAAAACUCCACUGUGACACAGUAAAACUGUUUUGGCAUAAAAGGGAUACUGAUUUUCCAUUCUGCUUGACCUAACAGGCGAACAGGACAAAAAAACAAGUGGUCAUCAAGUGAUCAUCAUGAUGAUCAUGAACAUUUUCAGAUAACGGCAUUAAUGGCCACAACACACACUGUUGCGGUUUUAUUAUCAGAUCUUUGCUUUGUUUGACUUUUUUUGUGGAUGAAAAUUGUAUUGUCUAAUAUGCUGAAGCAUGAAAUAAAACGGAAAACCUUUUACCAACAGUAUGUCUAUGGGUUAAAGGGAAAAUUAUACAGCAACCCAAAAAUUAGGUACACUGACAACGUAAUGUGAUCCAAUAGCUGUCAAACAUCCUGCCUUUACAAAGAUAAUAAUGCAGCGUUUUGAUUAACACUGCAGGACGUAUUCAUUUACCAGUUGUAGUUUUCAUUGUAGUGCACUACAUCACAGCUGUUUCUACUAUUUUAGUUAGAAACUGCAUUUUUGAUACAGUGGAUCUUACUAGAUUGCGAGGCUGUUUAAUGUUGUGUGCAGGAAAAAUAGCAGUCUCACUCAGAUGUUUGGGCCUUCUAAAACUGACGGUAUCUAAACCCAUGUUUAUCUGUAUCUUUUGUACAAUAUAUAUUUUACACUACCAUGAGUGUCCCAGUUUCCACGCUGUAACUGACCUUUAUCCGACAGACUCAGCACCAAUUAUCCAGGUCAGCUUUUAUUUUGCUAUCUCUGCACUCCCUCCAAGGGUGAGACAUAUUUUAGUAGCCAAUACAGGGCAAGAACAUUCUACGCAUAACAACA